AAAUCGUGUAUUUUCGAGCAAAGCUAACAAGUUUUAUUUUUAAUCAAAUCUCCACUUUAAAAAACAAGUUGACAAUGGUAUCUGUUUUUUGCUUUUGUUGUUCUAACGGAAGGUGCUCCGACUGUUUUUAAUCGCAAGUCCAAUCAAAGAAUGGCUAAGUCAAGUAAAAAAGGAAAAGAAAAAAUCGAAUAACAAGCCCAGUCUGUUUUUUUCAAGCUUUUUUCUCUUCUUUCUUUUCUUUUCUUAUAUUUCUCCUUUGAAUACAAUGUUUGAUUUCAUGCUACCCAAUUCGCCUGCACACGCGAACUUAUUACCUACGAAAACAGCAGUGUCUCAGCCAACGAUUGUUCAACAAAACCAUGUAUAUAAUAAGCGACAGCAAGCUACAGAGAGUGUUGUUCAUGUUACAGUAACUGCGGCUGGCACCGUAGUCUAUACCUAUACAGCAACUUCGUAUUCAUAUGUCCCAUCCUAUUCCACUAUUAGUGAAACAGGUCGUCCAACAACUAAUGCAGGACAAAACAAUGGAAAUACAAGCUCGAAUGACUCGACAAACGGCAAUUCUGGAACAAAUGUGGGUGCAAUUGUGGGUGGUGUUGUAGGCGGUUUAGCUCUUAUUGCUUUAAUAGCGUUAGGAUUCUUCUUUCUACGUCGACGAUCACAGAAAAGAAAAAGAGAAAAACAAAAGAAUGAACUCAUUGAUGAUGACGAUGAUUCCUAUUAUCGAGGCCAUGGACGUCAGCCUUCUACUGCCACAGCUUUAGAGACUGGCGCUGUUGCUGGAAUGACAUCAUUAGACUCACCUGCACCCAGGCAUUUGGUAGCGCCCUUACAACAUUUAGGCGACAAUGGAAGGGAAUCAAAAUACUUUCAAAACGAGGGAGGCUAUUAUGAAGAUGUUGUGGCGCCGUAUCCAACAACUGCUGCCUAUUACUCUGGAAAUAACAGUGUUGCUUCGGACUCUUUACCCUCGACCGCCGUUGACAAUAGUACUUAUGGAGGAGGUGUCCGACAUGUUCCUAAUGAAGCAGAUUAUUUGGUCUCUCCUAACAACACAGCAAGACACGUUCCACAUUUGAAGGACAAUCAUGCACAAGAACCGCCACAUUCUAAAGAUUAAUGUGUAACAAUAGAUUAAGACACAGUCUGUAUAACAUA